CCUUAUCUAUGGAACAGCAUUAGUCUUCUCUCAAGUCUCACCCUUUAUAGCCAGCCAUAUUGUAAUUUGCAGGUAGGAGGGGUAAAUUAUAGAUUCUAGUGAGACGAUGGAGAACGUUCCAGGCACUUCGUCCAGAUGCGAUAGGAAAGUCAUAGAGAGGAACCGAAGAAGCCAAAUGAGGGCUCUUUACUCCAGGCUCAGCUCACUCGUCCCUCGUCAGACCUCCAAGGAGUUGAUUUCACUGCCGGAUCAGCUGGGUGAAGCCACGAACUACAUAAAGAAGCUCCAGAUAAAGUUGGAGAAGAUGCAGGAGAAGAAGCUCAGCCUGAUGGAAAUCAACAACGAACCAGAUAUAAGCGUUAGCGGGAGACUAAGUUAUAAUAACAGAGGAAUCAUUAAGGGGUCGAAGUCCCCCAAAGUUGAGAUUCACCAAAUGGGUUCAACACUAGAGGUUUGUGUGAUUACUGGGUUGGAUUGCCAGUUCAUUUUCAACGAGUUCAUUCGCAUUCUUCACGAGGAACAAGCUGACAUUCUUAGCGCCAGCUAUUCAGUCGUUCAAGAUACGGUUUUUCAUAACAUUCACUGUCAGGUAGGAGAAUGUGGUAACAGGGCUGGGAGGAUAUCGGAGAGAUUAAGGAGGUUUGUGUAUGGUUCUGGCGCUUUUGAAGAGAAUGGCAAUGGCUGCACCCUCUGGAAUUCUGAUGAAUUACUGUAUGAAUAACUACUUCUUUCCCGAGUUUGUAAUAAGAUGAUAAAAUCCAUAGUGUGUGUGUGUGUGUUAACUCGCUCCGUUGAUCUUACUGUAUGCUUCCAUUGUCAUCAUGGACAUGUAAUGUACA